UGCACCAAAGUCAACUAACAAGUCUUACACGCAGCUCAGAGAGUUUGGAAGAGGAAACUUACAUGCUCAACCCCCAUCAUUGGUGAUUGGUGAACCACUGCCUUCACAAUCACUGCUCCAUAUUCUCAACAAAACCAAGGUCUGAUUUGUGGCUAAUGAGAAGUAUUUGUCUGUAACUGAAGGAAACAGAGUUGUUAUAAUGGUUGAGGCGGUUGUGUCCUUCGCAAUUGAAAGGCUUAGCGACCUACUUGUUGAAGAGGCCAACUUGUUGCGUGGUGUGAAAAGCAAUGUCGAAAAAUUGCAGACUGAACUGAGGAGGAUGCAAUGCUUCCUAAAAGAUGCUGAGAGAAGGCAAGAUCAAGAUGAGAGAAUCCAGGAUCGGAUAUUAGAGAUCAGAAGACUAGCUUAUGAUGCCGAGGAUGUGAUUGAGAAUUAUGCAAUCAAUGUUGGAACAAAGAAUCCUCUCUACAAAGGCACCUAUCUUCACAAGGUUGGGUCUGAGAUUAUGUCCAUUAACUCUAAAAUAUCUGACCUCACAAGAAGCCUGCAAACUUAUGGUUUAGAGGAAAGAGACAGAGAAAAAUUGCACAUCGAGUUUGAGAAUCAAAAGGAACUAAGAUGGUCUUAUUCUCAUAUAGUUGAAGAGUUCAUUGUUGGCUUGGAGGAGGACAUAGCACAGGUGGUUGAAUGGUUGUUGAAUCAAGAUCAGCAUUCUAGAACAGUUUUCAUUUGUGGGAUGGGUGGUCUUGGUAAAACAACACUUGCCAAAAAAGUUUACUAUCAUAAUGCCAUUAGGCGCCACUUUGAUGGUUUUGCAUGGAUCUAUAUAUCUCAGCAAUGCAAGAAAAGAGAAGUUUGGGAGGGAAUUUUGAUUAAGCUUACUUCUCCUACCAAAGAGGAGAGGGAUGAGAUCAUGAAAUUGAGGGAUGAGGAAUUAGCAAAGAAGCUGUACAAAGUUCAGCAAGAUAAGAAAUGUUUGAUCAUCCUUGAUGACAUAUGGAGCAACGGGGAUUGGGACAAAAUGAAGCAUGCCUUUCCUUUAGAAAACACAAGGAGUAAGAUAGUUUUCACAUCGCGCAAUAAAGGCAUUGCUCUGCAUGUAGAUAGUAAAGGCUUGCUUCAUGAGCCAAAGUGCCUGAAUGAAGAAGCAAGUUGGGCAUUGUUUCAAAAGAAAGCUUUUCCACGAAACGACGAUCCAGAGUUCACAGUUUACAAUGACUUCAAGAGAUUAGGCAAGGAAAUGGUUUUGAAAUGUGCUGGUCUGCCUUUGGCAAUCAUUGUGCUUGGAGGGCUCUUGGCGACGAAAGACACAGUCAGCGAGUGGGAAACAAUACAUAAAUAUAUAUUUUCCUACCUGAUAAAAGGAGAGGAACUUGAAAGGCAAUCAAGAUUAGCUGAGGUGUUGGAUUUAAGUUACAAUGACUUACCUUAUCACCUGAAACCAUGUUUUCUCUACUUAAGCCAAUUCCCUGAAGACUCUGAGAUACACACAAACAAGCUAAUUCAGUUGUGGGUAGCAGAAGGUGUUGUCUCAUCUCAGUAUGAGAAUGAAAGGGGUGAGACGAUGGAGGAUGUCGCCGAACGCUACCUUGGUAACUUAAUCAGUCGUUGCAUGGUUCAAGUUGGUCAGAUGGGGUCUACAGGGACAAUUAAAACCUGUCGGCUACAUGAUUUAAUGCGUGAUUUGUGUUUGUCAAAGGCCACCAAGGAACAAUUUCUCUACAUCAUUGGUGGAGUGCAACAAAAUAGUACCACUAAUUCUGCUUCUUCAUCUAGUCUUUCUGAUGCAAGAAAAACUGGUGGAGUUCGAAGACUUGCAGUGUUCUUGGAUCAGCAAGUUGAUCAGUUGAUUCCACAUGAUGAGCUAGUGAAUUAUCGCCUCAGAUCUCUUCUCUACUUUCAUGAAAAGAAAUGUAGAUUGAAUGAUUGGCCUAUAAUCAAAGUUCUGUUUGCUAAGUUCAAAUUUCUCAGAGUUUUAGACCUUGAAGGUAUUAAGGGGCAAAAGGGACAGUCCUUGCCUAAAGAAGUGGGAAACUUGAUAUGGCUGAAGUUUCUGAGCCUAAAAAGAACUCGCAUACAGAUACUGCCGUCUUCGUUGGGAAAUUUGGAGAAUUUGCAGACCCUGAAUUUGCAAACUGUCAGCAAAGUGAGCUGGGAUUCAACUGUAGAAAUUCCAAAUGUUAUAUCGAAGUUGAAGAGGUUGAGACAUUUAUAUCUUCCCAGCUGGUGUGGCAAUGAUGAUAACCAACUGCAGCUGGAACAUCUGACCAACUUACAGACAUUAGUCAAUUUUCCUGCUAGCAAAUGCAAUGUAAAAGAUCUGUUAAAGUUGAAAAAACUUAGAAAAUUGGUACUAAAUGAUCCAAGGUACUUUGAGCAGUUCUGUGAGAUUUUCAAUCCCCCGAAUGAAAGAUUGGAAUGCCUUGAAUCAUUGUCCUUGAGGACUGAUAUGCUGUCGUUCCCAGAUAAGGCAGUUAAUCUUGAAAAGUUGGUGCUAGGAUGUCCUUCCCUCCGGAAACUGAAGAUAGAAGGACGUGUCGAGAGGCUGCCGGAAGCAAGCCUAUUUCCUCCACACCUUGCAAAGUUAACUCUGUGGGGUUCUAGACUUAUGGAAGAUCCAAUGGUAACACUGGAGAAGCUUCCUAACCUCAAGUUCCUGAAUGGGUGGGAAAUGUUCAUUGGAAAGAAAAUGGCAUGCUCACAAAAUGGUUUUCCUCAACUGAAAUCUUUAGUACUUCGUGGCUUGCCUAAUUUAGAGGAGUGGACAGUGGAGAAUCAAGCCAUGCCAAAUCUUUAUCGAUUAGGCAUAUCUGACUGUAACAAGUUAAAGACUGUUCCUGAUGGACUGAAAUUUGUUUCUGGUCUCCGGGAGAUAGAGAUCAGGUGGAUGCCUAAAUCAUUCAAGACUAGGCUUGCCACUGAUGGAGAGGACUACCAUAAGGUUCAGCAUGUGCCAUCCAUUGUAUUUUUGAACUGAGCUUAUAAGCCUGAACUCUAAACGAAUAAAUACAAUUAAAGUGAUGAAAGAGGGUCAUCCUUUGCUCCUUUGCUUCCGAAAUUGAAGUUUUAAACCAAAAUUUGUUGUAUUCUAUCUGUAUCCUAUGAUUGAUGAACUGUUGUAUAGAUUAAUAAAUUUUUUUUAACUAUUGGUUCCAUGUGUUGUGGCUUGCUUCUGGA